CUUUGAUAAUUUCAGGUAUAUACGAAAUCUUUUUCAAUACACAUAGUCGCCUUUAGUCUGUUCACGGGUGAUUGAUUUCUGACCAUCACAGACAUCUGCUGACUGAUUGUCCCAUUUAGCCGACAACGCUCGAGCAAACGUAGUUUGCUUUUCACGAGUUUCCCUCUCUGUCAAUUCCAGUCACUUUGACCUGUACAGCCUGGUCAUUCAGUAGUUUGUAUAUACAUGUUAGUACCUCUUAUCAUAUAUGUAAUGUGUUGAGUGUAUGAAUAGUCUGUUCAAAACUGUUCAAACAGUUUGCCCUUGCAUGUUCUAAUAUACCACCUGGGCCAAAAUGCUUAGAAGAAGGUGUCAACUGGAUGCUAAGUUUUUCGUUUCGUUGCUCCUGGUCGCGAAGCCAGUGUUUAUAUACGGGCUGUUUUUGACAAGCGCUAAUCACAUUGCCAAUCAAAGGCACUACUACCUCAACCCAUUGGAAGGCAAGGAAUUCAUGAACAUCAAUCCAGAACUGUUAAAAUCGACAAUUGAUACCCUGGACCCGAAAUUAAUUGGUCAUGGUAAAGAUCUUUUCAAACCGCUUUUAAAAAAGGUCCGACACGUUGACAACAAUAUCGUCCUGUUUUCUGCCGUCGCCGGAAACUCCUCGUCUGAACAUGUCUGGGACACGAUCGACAUCCAGGGAUGGGAGAAUAAACAUCUAAUCAGCAAUAUUUACAAGUGCUGUGUUCUGUAUACAUCCGGUGAGGUGAUGUCGGUGCCAGCGACCAGGAUCAUCUAUUCAAAAAGUUUUGUGCCGAAAAAUGGGGGCCACACAGUUUGUCUGCUCUAAUAUUACCUCCCGAUCCGGAGAGCUUCCAGAAGUUGCCACCCUAGAGGACCGCAAUAAGGAGUGCCAUAACUUAUUCGACUGGUACCUACCCUUGACAUUUGCGCAUGCGCACAAAAACGAGAUCGCCGUUUGUUCUAAGACCAAACUGACCAUGUGAUCGGUGCGGAAAACAAUCAGCAGUGGAAUGAUCAACAAGUUACGGUGUUUGAUUGCCUGGCGCGCCUGCGCGGAUACCGUUACCUUGCUCUUGUGGACAUGGAUGAGUACCUAAUAUCCGACCGGGGACUGCCGUGGAUGAACAUGUUGGACGAAUUGUUCGCUAAAUAUCCCGACGCCGCGGGCCUCACGUUCUUCGUGAAAGUGCACAUUAUCUCACCAAACUUGAAGAGCAAUAGAUCGCAAUUCAAGGUAGGACAGUACCUGAACAGCACGCGCCCUUGGUCUGAUCGGGUGAAGCACGUGACCAUGCCUGAUCGGCUGGCUUCUGGCGGAAUAAGCACACACGAAUUUACUCCUAAUGUCAAGGCCGGGUUCAAAAGUUAUUGGGUGAGAGCGGAUGACGCCGUAAUUCACCACUUUCGGCCCUGUCGCAAAGACUGGCUAAAGGGGCAUUGCACAUGCUCUAGGUGUGAACAAAGUUUAGACGACACUGUCGCAAAACUUUUCAAGAAAAUAGAACCUGAUGUGUUAAAACUUAAAGCUAAACUAUUUGAUUGAAUAAACAUGUUUAAAGUCA